AUGGGUUCCCUGCAACCUGAGCGCUUAUCCACAGACAAGCCACUUCGCCACGUUGGAGUCGACUUCUGCGGUCCAGUGAUCACCUAUCUUCCAAUACGUGGUAAGGGUCCCACAAAAUCCUAUAUCGCCAUAUAUGUCUGCAUGGCCGUAAAGGCCGUUCACAUUGAAAUCGUGUCAGAUCUUUCAACGAAUAAGUUUUUGGAAUCGUUGAAACGCAUGGUUGCCCGUCGUGGACCAGUAUCGCAACAUCUAUUGGCUUCACACUUUGGCGGUCUUUGGGAGGCCGAUGGCAAGAGCGCAAAAGGUCUGCUGGUGCGUACCCUCGCUAACACCCGGUUCACCUUUGAGGAACUGAACACAGCAGUCGUUGAGAUAGAAGCAGACACACUUAUCACCAACAACAUCUCCAACUUGGAUCGUUACGAGCAGAUCACAGCUGUUAAACAGCAAUUCUGGAGUCGUUGGUCUGCGGAGUAUGUGGACUUCGGCUUCCCCAAAUCUCUAUGGUCAUCAUACAUGAGAACAACACACCGCCAAUACACUGGAAAUUAG